AUGUCCUCGCAACAGCAGCCUACACCAGCAACGGCAACGACGGGGGCCGAGCAGGCAGACUCCCACGUCACCUGGAAGGAAUGCUCCACCUGCCGCUACACUGGCGCGGCAACGUUCUCAGGCAUCGGCGCCUACGCCAUCUACACUGCUCACGAGCAAGGCGCCUUUGCUCGCGUACGACCUCCUGGUUCCCCGCUCGUCGCCGGGAAAGUCACCGCUGCGAUCGGUGUCGUGUUCCUUGGGCUCGGCAUUGGACGUCUCUUCAUCAAGUGA